AUGGCUACAUCUUCAAAGCGACUGAAGACUGAUGAGGUAUCGGGCAUCAUUGAGACAAAUGAAACAAAAAGAAAGAUUGUCACUCUAUCUGACGGUAAUGCAACAGUGGAGGUUAAAUUAUGGGGAGAGCUGGCAUCCUUAAGGAUUUUCAGUGGUUCCGUUGUGGAGAUCUCCUGCGUGCACGUGGAUUUAUACCAGGGCAGGAGAUCAUUAAACUCAUCUGCGAGCACAAAAGUUAAGAACAUUGACGUUGAAGAUGAGUUUUCCGGAGUCAUUGAUGGUGUUUCUUUUGACGAGUCAAACACAUCAAUUUUGAUAAAUGAUGAGAUGCUUUCCUGCUCAACGGAGCAGCUGAGUGACAUUUUCCCAUGUGGAGUUUUUGCCGAAAACAAACAUGUGAAGGGAAGGAAGAGGAGGAGUGUAAUUACAGUUCUGGAAGAAGAUGUCGUAGCCAUGGUAGCUGAAGAUGUUGAUAAGAUUGUAGCAGUUGGUGGUGAAGACAAACCAGAGGAUGAGUUACUUGGUGAGGAUAAGGAAGAGAAAGACAUUGAUAAUGAAGCAGAAGUGGUUACGGAGGACAUUGACAGUUUACUUUUCAAGUAA